AUCGAUUUUAUUUGUAUAAAAGACACAUUCGGUUAGUCUUCAAAUCAGUUCAAUUCCAUUUUCGGUAUUUGUAGCAACCAAUUCAAUCAAACCAAACAACAAUGGCAUUCAAAUUCAUCGCCUUCUUCGCUCUCUGCGUCGCUGCCGCCAGCGCCGGUGUCAUCGCACCAGCUGCUCCAUUGGCCGCCGUUGCCGCCGCACCAUUGGCUGUCGCCGCCCGCGUUGAGGAAUACGACCCACAUCCCCAAUACACCUACGGCUAUGACGUGAAAGAUGCUCUCUCCGGUGACUCGAAGACCGCUGUGGAAACCCGUGAUGGUGAUAUCGUUCAAGGUCAAUACUCUCUGAAUGACGCUGAUGGUUACCGUCGUAUCGUGGACUACACCUCCGACCCAAUCAACGGUUUCAACGCUGUUGUCCGUCGUGAACCUUUGGUUGCUCCUAUUGUUGCUGCCGCUGCUCCAGUGGUUGCUGCUCCAGCGCCUGUCGUCAGAACCGCUGCUUUCGCCGCACCAGUUGUAGCUGCCCCUGCUCCAGUUGCCACUGCCUUCGCCGCUCCAGCUCCUCUCGUCGCGGGACCAGCAGUAGUGAAGACCCAAUUCGCAUCACCACUCAUCUCUUACGCCUAUUAGAGAAGGUCGACGGAACAUUUGCCAUUAGUUGAGAAUAAAGUCUAAAUAUACAUAAUAUAA